AUGUUUUUAAAGGAGCUGCGGUUAAGUAAAAGAAUGUCAGAUAAGAAGAGCAAAGGCAAGAGUGUUAGAUGGAGAAGAAGUUAUAAAGCAUGUAUAAAUUGCCGCUUAAAAAAAGUCAAAUGUGAUUUAGGUCCUCUAGAAAACCCUCAUUCACCACCAUGUGUUAGAUGCAAAAGAGAAGCAAGAGACUGUAUAUUUGAUGAACCUUUAAAAAAAUUAGGUACAGUCGAAAACGAAAAUGAUUCAAUAGAUGAUAAUCAAAGAGUUCCAAAUAGUCCUGAAGAUGAAAUACAACAAAACACAGAUAUAAUUCAAGAACGAAUAUCUAGUAUUGUAGCUACUAAUGAAUCAAGAUUUAAUAACGAUAUUUCUAAUUCGCAAAAACACGAGAGAAAAGACAAGCCUAGUGAAAGAAAAUCAAAUUUAAAAGUCAACUUUACAAAUAUGCGAAAUGCAUUAGAGUUUUUGGCUAAUGCAGCAGGACAAGCUGCAGAAGAAAGAUUAUCAGAAGAAGAAGAAGAGCUAAAUAAUAAAUUUGAAAAAGAGUUAAAUGAUGACCAUAUAUCAAUAGAUAGCCCCGCAACUCAAUCAACGACCAGUACUGACAGUGUGAAACAUCUCGACCUAUCUGAUGAAAGUAUUGCAUCAUUAUUUUUAUCAGAAAAUGAGACUAACCGAAAGAAAGUAACCUCAUUAAUAGAAGCUGUAAUAGCGGCAAGACCGAUUUCUAACAGAAAACUAACAGACUAUGACUACAUUGGAAAAUCAAAAAUGAUCUCAGAAUUCGAAGCUAUCCAACUAAUAAAUGCAUUUUUUUUAACUAUGCAUCCAUUCUAUCCAUAUCUACCUGAUCAAUUACAGGAUCCACAUGAACUUGCAAGAUAUCCUAUAUUAUUAUGCACAAUUCUAACUAUUUCAUCCAGACAUCAUAAAUUUAAUGAAUUGGGUACUUAUAAUGGCGUAAAUGAUAAAAGGCACAUUGAUGUCCAUGAAAAAUUAUGGGUAUACUGUCAAAAAAUGAUUUCACAAACAGUAUGGGCUGAGGCAAGUACAAGGUCCUUAGGUACGGUCCUCGCAUUCUUAUUAUUUACUGAAUGGAAUCCCAGAGCUAUACAUUGGAAAUGGGCUGACUAUGCAAAUAAUCCUAAAUUAAAUGAUUUUUCAACCAGCGAUACAGGAAUUAAUGAUUAUUUAAAAGUGGGGAAAAGGACUACAGGUUUAGGAGCCAUCAGAAGAAGUGAUAGAAUGGCUUGGAUGCUAUGUGGGACUUCUGUUCGAAUUGCUCAAGAUAUGGGCUUCAUUGAAAACAGUAGCAAUGUAUUUGUUGCGACACAUACAUCCGAAACUUUCCAUGCAAUGAAUGUUGGCCAAAGAUCAUCACUAAAUGAAUCUUUAAAUGAUACAUAUUACAGCCAAGGCAGAAUGAGUAGUUACCGUAAUAAACAACAGCAAACUUUAAAAAAUGAAAUAUUUUACAUUGAAAAUAUAUUUUCUGAAAAUUUUAAAAUAACAGAAAGAAAUUAUUGGAAGUCACAACUUCAAGAAAAUAUUGAGAAUAAAAUUGAUAUAGAUGACAAGAUAGCACUAAGCGAUAAAGUUAGAGGAUUUUUAAAUGAUGAAUUUGCAUUGUUUUAUUCUAACGGUAAUGAUCCUACAUAUAGCAACGAGAGAAAUAAUCAACCAUAUUCUUCUUUUUCAACGCUACCUUUACCAGUUAACCUCUCUAAGAGCCAACAAGCAAAUAUUGAAUUGUUACGUAUAUUUUCUACUGCAUACAAAACAAUAUAUUCGAGAAAUCAAAAUCAGAAGCUAUCUUCAAACAACCAAAGCCAUAAUAUAUCACUAUUAGAUAUAUUUGCUCCCUUAUUACAUAACUGGACAAUUGCAUUUGGAGAUUUAUUACAACCAAGUGAUGUAUGCGAGCCUAUAAAUUUAAAUAAUAGAAACAAUAAGAGAGUUGUUAAAGAAUUUAAUAAAAUAAUUGAAGGUGAAUCACUUAUUUGCGACUAUAAUUAUUGCCAACUAUAUAUCUUUUCUUUAGCUUUGCAAAUUGGACUUGAUGGGGAAAUAUUAACAGUAAAUGAGAUUACAAAGAGUUCUACUUAUAUUAAUCUAGCAUACCAAUCAGCGAAGGAAUAUAUACUUUCAACUGAAAGAGUUUUUACUCUAAAAAUGUUAAAAUAUAUGCCUGUACGUUGGUUAACUCGACUAAUUAGGGCUACUGCUUUUUUAGUUAAAUGUUACCUCUCUGUUGCUGGAACUGACCAAGAGUUGAAUUCGAUUAGUGAAAUUAAUAUGAUAUUUAAAUUAGGUGGUACGUCUGCGAAUGAAGUGUUAGAGCUAAUUAAAAAAUCUGCCAUAUUACUGGGUAGCUCCUCACCAGAUGAGCUACAUUUAUGUUCAAGAUACUCUUCAAUAAUAAUGUGUUUCUAUAAAGAAAUGUCGGAGAAGAAUCUCACAAGAAAACGUGGCUCAACUGAUAAGCAUAAUGCUAUAGAAGAAUUAAAUAAAAUUAGGCAACAUAAAAAACAAAAAUUAUUACAGAAAGAAUACAAAAAGAAAACUUAUAAAAAAAGGGUAAGCUCUGAUACUAUCAGAACAAAGACUAACAAUUUUAAUCAAAUCAAUUUAACAAGGACAACAAAGGGUAGACCAGAAGUAGCUUUAGACACUGAAGCACAAGCCAGUCACAGGAAAAAUUUGCAAACGCAGACAGCUGCCGAUGAAUCAGCUCUAAGUACAUCACCUUCCAUCUCAGAGGUUGGAUCAAAGAACUCAAAUCAAAGCUUAAUGCAAUUAACAAGUCAAAUUGAAGUUGGAACUUCCUCAGAUCUUGGACCUACCAAUAGGGACCUUCUGUCAUAUAAUACACGAGAAACUUCCCCUAACACAGGGCAUACUGGAGUCACUGGUGAACCAACAGGAUCACAUGCCAAUGAGUUCCUUGAUUGGUUCUCAGCUAGUGGAGAUAUUGGCCUAGAAUUUGUCGAAUCAUGGACAGAAAUGCUGGAACAACGAUACAUGAAAGAUGAUGACAAUCUAUUAUUCAAUAACUAG